AUGGCUGGGAUAAGCACACAUUUCCAUAUUUGGCAAUGCGCCCUGGACCCUGAAAACAACCACAUUUGGAAAGUGUGCUUUUGGACCCUGAAAACAGUGAGCAAGCCGUGGGAAUCAGUGAGCACCAAGGCUGGCUCUAGGGAGCUCAGCAAGGCUACCUUCCUAAUUAGGAAGUACUGGCAGAACACUGUUAAAUCAAAUGGAAAUAAACCUCCUGGUUUAACUAACUAUAACAUUGGAUUUGAACCUGAAAGUCCUGACGAUGUAAAGGUCCUGGACCAAUACUUUACCCUCCCAGGGUUAUUCCAUAUGGACUAG